UUAAUUUUUGUAGUUCAUGCACAUUCUCAGCGCAAAAGUCAUUUUUGGUUAUUCGUGCAGAAAAGAUGGUGGUGACGGCAGCUUCUGUACGUCAACAACUCGCAAAUUUAGCUUAUUGCGGAGGUUCUCAUAAAGAUCAAGCAGAAAAGUAUCGAGCGAUAUUGGAUUCAAUACUGUUGUCAUCCAGCGAAGAAGCGAUGGAUGCUUUAAAGAUAUUUAUUGAAGCAAUUGUAAAUGAAUAUGUAAGUUUGGUCAUUUCAAGACAAGUUUUAACAGAUGUUAGUAAUCGAUUAUUACUUUUACCUGAUGAAGUGUCAAUGGCUAUUUCACAUUAUACAUUAGAUAAGAUACAACCAAGAGUUAUUUCAUUUGAAGAACAAGUUGCUAGUAUAAGACAACAUUUAGCAAAAAUUUAUGAACGUAAUCAAAAUUGGAGAGAAGCAGCUAAUGUUUUAGUUGGAAUACCACUAGAAACAGGACAAAAGCAAUAUACAGUUGAUUACAAACUUGAAACUUAUCUUAAAAUUGCAAGAUUGUAUUUAGAAGAUGAUGAUCCAGUCCAAGCUGAAGCAUUUAUUAACAGGGCAUCUCUUUUACAAGCUGAAUCAAAAAAUGAACAGUUACAAAUUUACUAUAAAGUUUGUUAUGCCAGAGUAUUAGAUUAUAGAAGAAAAUUUAUAGAAGCUGCUCAAAGAUAUAAUGAAUUAUCAUAUCGAUCUAUUAUACAUGAAGAUGAACGUAUGACUGCACUUAGAAAUGCAUUAAUUUGUACAGUAUUAGCUUCUGCAGGUCAACAAAGAAGUCGAAUGUUAGCUACAUUAUUUAAAGAUGAACGGUGUCAGCAACUUCCUGCUUAUUCAAUUCUUGAAAAAAUGUAUCUCGAUCGUAUUAUUCGACGUUCCGAAUUACAAGAAUUCGAAGCCUUAUUACAACCACAUCAGAAAGCAAGUACGAUCGAUGGAUUAGGGUCAACUAUUCUUGAUCGUGCUGUUAUAGAACAUAACUUAUUAUCUGCUAGUAAAUUAUAUAAUAAUAUAACUUUUGAAGAAUUGGGUGCUUUAUUGGAAAUUCCACCAACGAAAGCAGAAAAAAUUGCUAGCCAAAUGAUCACAGAAGGUCGAAUGAAUGGUUAUAUCGAUCAAAUCGAUUCUAUUGUACAUUUUGAAACACGCGAAACUUUACCAACGUGGGAUAAACAAAUACAAUCUCUUUGCUAUCAAGUAAAUCAAAUAAUAGAAAAAAUUGCUCAAACUGAACCUGAAUGGAUAGCAAAAGCCAUGGAAGAUCAGAUGGUACAUUAAUAUAAAUUUUUUUUUUAAUAUUAACAAUAUACAAAACCGAAACAGAAAUAUCAGAUAAUAUUUGAUACAUACACAAUUAAAAAUAUAUUUGAAGGCAAUAAAGAUUGUUACUAUAACUCUACAGUGAUGCUUAUGCAUUACAAAUGAAUCAUUAAUUUUAUUAUGUUAAUAUGCAUGAAAUCAAUUUUUAUAUGAUCAAUGAAUAAAUUUUAAUUUUUCAUAAUAUAAACAAAAAAUUAGAUUUCAUCAUUAUAGUUACUUUAUUAUUUAUAAAACUCAAAAAUAAAAUAAAUAUAAAAUAUAGAAAAAAAUUUUUAUUGAUAAAAAACACACUUAAAAUCAUUUGUUUAACAUUACCUACAAUUGUUAUAAACUUCACGCAAAGCAUAUUCCAAUUAAAGGAAUAUUGUAAUUAUCUCAUGUAAAUAAAGCAUUCACACUGCAUAUAAAAUAAAA